GCCAGAAAAACUCUCUAAAACAGGAAUAGAAAAGAAUAAAAGCAGCUGUCAGAGUAGGAAAAAACUUGAGAGAAGCAACGGAACCCUUGUUUCAGAUCACGCGAUUCUAACAAGAGUUACGUCCGGGCACUUCAGAGCAUUCGGGAUUUUGGCCAAGGCGACGAAGGAUCUCGUCCGGGUCGAUCUCAUACGCGCAGGCGCACACGCAGCGGAAAGUUCUUCCGUGCUAGGUCGUGCUUGUAAAGAAGCGGUACUUCCUCUUACUCCCGAGACAGAACUUCCCCUCAGGCAGGAGAACGUCCAUCGAACGAAAUGGAGAACAAAAGACCGCGACUGCUCGAAGAAGCGGACAAGCAGAAAAAGAUAGUCAGGGUGGGACUCAGUGCACCUUCCAUGCUACGAAAGAACCAGCUAGGUUUCCUCAGAUUCGCCAACUAUUGCCGUUUAGCUCGCGAGCUGCGUGUAAGCUGCAUGCAGAGGAAAAAGGUCCAGAUUCAUAGUUGGGAUCCCUCGUCUUUGGCAAGUGACCGAUUUAACCGCAUACUGGCGAAUACCAACACUGACCAGCUCUUCACAGUGAACCAAGUCGAAGCUGGAGGCUCCAAGUACGGCAUCAUCACUAUGCGAGGCCUGACUACCCCUGAACUCCGGGUAUACCCGCACAAAAGCCUCUACGUCCCUAAUCGGAAGGUGAAUUCUAUGUGCUGGGCCUCACUGAAUCACUUGGAUUCCCACCUUCUGCUGUGCUUCGUGGGACUCGCAGAUACUCCCAGUUGUGCCGUGCUGCUCCCAGCGUCGCUGUUCAUAGGUAGCUACCCAGGAAUGCGUCGUCCAGGCAUGCUCUGCAGUUUCCAGAUCCCUGAUGCCUGGUCCUGUGCCUGGUCCCUGAACAUCCACGCAUAUCACUGCUUCAGUACAGGCUUGUCUCAGCAGGUCCUGUUGACCAACGUGGUGACGGGACACCAGCAGUCAUUUGGUACUAGCAGUGAUGUUUUGGCCCAGCAGUUUGCAAUCAUGACUCCUUUGCUGUUUAAUGGCUGUCGCUCUGGGGAGGUCUUUGGCAUUGAUCUGCGCUGUGGAAAUCAAGGCAGGGGGUGGAAGGCCAUUUGCCUAUCCCAUGAUUCAGCAGUGACCUCUCUGCAAAUCCUCCAAGAAGGGCAAUGCCUGGUGGCAUCAGACAUGACUGGAACUAUCAAGCUGUGGGACUUGAGGGCCACUAAAUGUGUAACACAGUACGAAGGUCAUGUGAAUAACUCCGCCUACCUGCCCCUGCAUGUGAACGAGGAAGAAGGAGUCGUGGCGGCCGUGGGCCAGGACUGCUACACGAGAAUCUGGAGCCUCCGUCAUGGCCACUUGCUCACAACCAUACCCUCCCCAUACCCCGCCUCGGAGGAUGACAUUCCCAGUGUGGCCUUCUCUUCUCGCCUCGGGGGUUUCCGAGGAGCACCAGGGCUGCUCAUGGCUGUACGGGAGGACCUUUAUUGUUUCUCCUACAGUUAAUUCUUCAGGGUGCAGCCCGGAGGAACGUGGAUUUGACUUAAAGAAGUAAAGAGUAUCAUAUUAUCGUUUCUGUGAGCGCAUUUUAAGAGAUGUUCGAUGUUUGUAGAUCCCAUCCAUCCGGCUGCCAGGGGUAAGGUGCUGUUUUAUGUGAAGAUAGUUCUGUAAAGUUGUUUCAGUUAAACUGUGGGCUUAGAAAGCGUGAAACUGUUUCCCUUUUCUUGUUAAACACCUUAGAAUAGUUAUUCCUCCCCCCCCCCUUUUUUUUUUAAACAAAAAGUACUUUUCUAAGGACUGAAGAUUGGCAAAAACUAAAAUAAAUUAAAACUGCUUCUUUCACCAGAAGCCCUUUAGAGAAGCAUAACAAUGCACUGGUGAGACUGUUUGACUAGUCCUAGCUGGGUUUCAGAAAUACAUGCAUCAUCUGUACUUGAAGAGGCCAGUGGGAGAAGAGAGGAGGGGGAGGUCAUUUACCUGAGUCUCUACAGAAGUUUUUAAGGCUACAUUUUGGAAUCAUUAAACUUGGCCUUCUCAAACUCAAUAGCAGAUCUCUGAGAUUCUCCUUUUAUUAUUUUCCGUAGGCAAUGGAAGGAAAGGUAGAUCUUUUUAAAUAAUAGAAGUGUUAAAUAGUCCUUAACGUGGUUUUGUGGAGGUACCUUCUAGAAUGUCAGGUACAGAAGCUCCGGUUUCUAUUAUUGUGACUUGAGUGUCAGAUUCAAGGGCUAAGUGUCAAAGAUAAUUGAUUGUGACUCUUUGUAAUCUAGGAGCGGCAGAGCAAUUUGUGAGAUGGUUAUUCAAAGUGUUAAAGAGCUUGUUUUUCUACCAAACAAUA